AUCGUAUUGGUUAAACUGAAGUUACUUUUUUGCAUCUUGAAGAUCAAGCACCAUUGCAGUAUCAAAUUUCAGGCCUCAUUUCUGAAUAAAAAGUUACAUGUGGAUGGUGAACUUGUAGAGCUGAGUAUUUGGGAUACAGCUGGACAAGAAAAAUUUCAUGCGCUUGGCCCAAUCUAUUACAGAGACAGCCAUGGAGCCCUUUUGAUUUACGAUAUCACCGAUUCACAUUCAUUUGAAAAGGUAAAAAUGUGGGUGAAGGAGCUGAAACGUAUGUUGGGUGACGAUGUAUUUUUAAUCAUUAUUGGAAACAAGGUAGACCUCGAACGUAAUCGGAAUGUACAAAUGGUGGAAGCAGCCGAUUAUGCGAAGUCAAUUAGCGCCGAGCACUUUGAAACGUCAGCAAAGGAUAACAUCGGCAUUACCCAAGUUUUCGAUCAUCUCGUAAAAGGUUUAAUCGAAAGAGCUAAACAAGCACAGUUUGAAGGUUUGGAUUCUUCACAUCAUGGUUCAUCGCGGAGGAACGAUUUACUCAUCGUAGACGAUCCCACUCCUGUCAAAAAAUCCUGCUGUUCCGGUUGA